AUGUUGCUAGUCUGCGUCGAGUACGAACAAUUCGAACGUCUUUUCCUGUCUCCACGCAAUGUGAAGGCCUCGCCUCUCAAGGGCUUUGCCAAUCCUACUCCUCUCGCCAUUAUGGGUUUCUCCGUUGGCCUAACACCUCUGUCGGCAGCUUUGUUGGGCUGGCGAGGAGCAGGUGGAGCAGCACAGUCUAGCGUGGGAGCAACCCUGUGGUUUGGCGGUUUCUUGUUGAUUCUGGCUGGAUUGGGAGAAUUCAUCUUGGGCAAUACUUUCCCCUUCCUCGUCUUUAUGGGCUACGGUGCCCAUUUCUUGACAUUCGGAACGACCUUCAUCCCAUACUUCAAUGCCGUCUCCGCCUACACCUCAGGCAACCCGUAUAUUGGAGAGAUGAACCAGCAGCAAACUGCCGCAUUUGCCAAUAGUUACGGCUUCUACCCGCUCUCCCUCGGCAUCCUAUCCUUCAUCUUCCUCCUCUGCUCCCUCCGAACCAACUUGAUAUUCUUCCUCAUCUUCGUCGCUGCCACCUGCGGUUUCGGCUUCGCGACUGCCUCGUUCUUCUACGCUGGAAUCGGAGCCAUGGCACAGUCGAGCCAGUUCCUCGUUGCAACGGGUGCUGCUUUCUGGGCUGCGGCUAUGUUGGGUUGGUAUCUGUUGUUGUCGAUUAUGAUCGAGACUAUGGAGUUGCCACUCCCGGCUUUGCCUGUUGUGGAUUUGAGCAAUCGCAUCAAGGCUAAGAAGCCAAAGGCAGAGAAGGGAGUUUAG